AAGACUUUUUCAUUUUCAUGUACAACACAAGGGUUUUGUCAAGUGAAAACAGUUGUGUAGGGUUUAAGCGCAGAAUGCAGAAAUCAAUUGGAAUGGCAAAAUUCUCAAUCUCAAGAACAUCCACCCUCUAUCGCUCUUUGCUUUCCACACCCCCUCCACCUCUUCACCACCACCGUCACAUUCCUCUCCGCUUCUGCACCACCACCACCUCCCUUUCCGAUUACGACGAUGCUGACUCAGCAGCUCCUUCUCCCUCACCCGAACAAACCGAAAGAACCUUCUUCGAUCGACCCCUCGAAAACGGCCUCGAUCCCGGCGUUUACAGGGCGAUUUUGGUAGGUAAAGCUGGACAAAAACCGUUGCAGAAGAAACUGAAAAGUGGAACUGUGGUUACUCUGCUUUCAAUCGGAACAGGUGGAAUUCGCAACAAUCGAAGACCAUUGGAUCAUGAAAACCCUAGGGAAUAUGCUAAUCGAUGUGCUGUUCAGUGGCAUAGGGUUACUGUUUAUCCAGAGAGAUUGGGGAAUCUUUUGAUGAAAACUGUUCUUCCUGGUUCAACUUUGUAUGUUGAGGGAAAUCUUGAAACUAAGGUGUUUUCUGAUCCUGUUACUGGUCUUGUUCGUCGAGUUCGAGAAGUUGCUGUUCGUCGAAAUGGCCGUGUUGUAUUUUUAGGUCCGGGUGAUGAUCCUAAGCAACAGACACAACAAAAUGACCUGAGAGCAGUUGGCUAUUAUUAAUUUUAUGCUUCAAAUAGGAACAUGGAUUCAGUUGGCAAUGGAGAAUUUUUUAUUCUGUAAUUAUAUUCUGGAGUUUUACAACAAAUUUGGAAUUGUUAGAGACGUUUGUCAUGUUACAAACUCUUGAUCUAAGUGAUCUUGCUUUUGUGCUUUGUAACACAAGGACUAUAUAAAUCAACUUUCUUGCGUGUUAUGGUGGCAAACUUGUGUCAGUGCAAGUAUUUCAGUUUACGAAAA